AUGGAUGGUAUGAUGGACGGAGUGGUGAGUGGUGGAGUGAUGAACGGAGUGGUGAGUGGUGGAGUGAUGAACGGAGUGAUGAGUGGUGGAGUGAUGAACGGGGUGAUGGACGGAGUUGUGUCAGAUCCUGAGGACUCGUCGGUCGGUAACAGCGGUCUACGGUCCUCGCCUUGCGCAGAGGACGAUCUCUCUAUAAGAGCGAACUGCGAGAAAAGCUUCGGAAUUCAACGCACGUCUCGUUCAAAACGGUUGUCUGCUGGACUGCUCUUCCGCAGCAACGCGUGCGGUAACGGAGUGUGCAGUAAAGGGGACAGCGGCAACGUAUGCGGCAGCAAUGGCUGUGGUGUGUGCGGCGACAACGGGACGUCCUAUCUAACCCGGAAGUUGCAGCAGGAACGGCUGCGGUACAAAAACCAGAGGGACUUGCGCCAAGGGGGUUACGCGCGAUUAACCGUCUCUACCCGAAGUCCAGUUGUCCGGAGCCCCGUUACGGCACCGCCCGUACUGCUAGAGCCUCUGCCCCAAUCCGUAAGCGUACCCGGCAUGGACGACCCCGUCAUGAACGGCCCCGUCAUGGAUUGCCACGGCCGGUUAACAUGCCGCCCACUUCCUCCUAUUGAGCUUGAACCUACCCGCGUCGCCAUUGAACAUAGCGCCCCGUCUGCCGUCAGGUCCGAGUUCGCAAGGUCCGACUUUACAAGGCCAGAGUUUACGAGUGCCAUGGAGCCACCAGGCUUAUCGGGCUUGGCGCCUUCGGGUCGCAGCGAAAUUCAAGUCCCCGCGGGGCGCCAGGCGCUGCGCUACCUGUGCCCAUUUGGCGACCGUGCAUGGAGGGACGGGUCGCGGUUGCGGCGGUCCGCAACGACUGACGGAGCCAGGCUAGCGGAGGCGGAGCAGACGCUCCACCACCCAUGCACCCAAGUUUUCCUGUCCGCCGGCGACCCCUCGUCGGAAGACAUGGAGACAUUCUCGUCAGAGUGCUUGGAGGAAGAGCUGGAGGAGACCGGCAUCGGUGACUGGAGACGUGACCCUGAUACGAAACACCUAAAAAUGGCUCCGAGGGACAAGGCAUUGUGGGAUGAGAUUCAAGAAAGGUCAGUGGCUGCUUGGCAAGCGGCUAUCCCUCCUCUGAGUUCGGAGGCGCAGUCGCAAGAUCGAAAGCAUUAUGCAGAUCGGAAACACUGUACUUCGUCCUCGCGGGCCGUGCAAUCUUCUUCUUUCUCACGUGCACAGAAGCGCGCUCGUAGAAAUAUGAACAGCUAG